AUGGAAAAAAUUGAUCCGGAAUGGAUUAGAGAACAGGUCGUGAUAGGGAGAAAAACCCAUCGUGAGAUCAGUGAGGCUCUGAAGGUUCGUCUCGGAAUCAAUCGUGGCCUGAGUGAACGUUCGGUCAGACGAUUUUGCGAGAAUUAUGGCAUCCACUACAGGUCAGGUCUGGAUAGCACAGCUUUGGCAUCAGCAACGGUUGGAGCUAUACAGAAGGUUAGAUGUAAAGGUUAGAUAUCAUAUGUAUUAGAAUGUGUUAAGCGCAAAUGUACGUAGCUCAUAUCCCUGGGAGAAUGGGCGACUGGGGUAACAUAGAAACGGCAAUACACUUUUUUUCUGUAAGAAUAUAUUUUAUAAGAAUAUCGAGGCUAAAAUUUGCAAAAUUUUAAGAAUAUUUUAAGAAUAAAACCGAAGCUGAGAUUCAAAAAGGAUAAUUAUUUUGAGUCAUGAAAACCUAAGAAAUAUGUUUUAAAAUUAACCGUAUCAAAUUAUUGCUUUCUCGCACCCGAAGGGUUCAUUUCUUGCUGGCACCUUUGAAAAAUCUGUCUGAAGUUUCAAAAUUUUGUCACCUUCAUUUUAGAAGAAGAAAAAAAAAUUCCGAAUUAGAAAAAAAAGGAACACCCCUUGUGUUAACUUAACUGAGAAAUUUUAAAAAUAUUUAUCCCCUUGCCCCAGGGGUAGUACCCAGGGACAACCAAGGGAAUACGUUGGGAUGGGCUAUGCAAUAUAACUUGACAUUACAAAUAAUUUACCUCAUGAUGCUUUAUAAGUACUGGUAGUUUCAGCUUAACCCACUACAAUUCCGCAAAUUUCCUCUUUACUUAUUAUUAAGUUUAUCAAUGUCAAUUUUAUUUUUUUGGCAACAGAACAAGAACAUCACUAUUACAUGUAAUAUUUAGACUGUAAUGAACAUGCAUGCAAAAAUUUACUUUGCUUGGCACUAUUUCUUGACAAUGUUUUAGUGAUACCACAUGAGAAAGAGCAAGAUUUCAUGAAGAAUGAUAAGGAUCUUGGUAAAAAAAAAAAAUAAAACAAUCGAAUUUCACCGCACCUUUCCUUCCAACUUGACACUGUUGUUAAUUUGCCCCUCCCCUACAGAAAAAAAGAACCAGCUGAGUCAUCUCUCUUUCUUAAGGUGCUGUUUUCUGAUCAUUUAUUGAUGACUUUUUUCGUUAAGAAAAUAUAUUGCUUCUCCAAGCCUAAAAUAAAUGAUUAAAAUGUACGUGUAACCGAACUAACAUAACCUGACCCAGGGUAAUUAUUUGUCUAGUUAAAUUCCAGAAAUUCGUAAAUUUGCUCCACCCAUUUUACAAUCCCCCUGGUUUGCCUUGAUACCUACCCCUGGAGCAAGCCAAUGACAUGUGCACAAGGGUUACGCAAUAUCUGUUGUACAAUGUAUCCCUGAAACUUUUAGUAGUUGAAAAAAAAUCAGUGGAUCAAUGACUUUAGUCAAAGUUUGUUUAAAUGCUAAAUUUGAUAUCAUUGACAGGUUGGUCCUACUUGGGGACGCAAAAUGCUCAAAGGUUACUUCCGGAAACAGGGAGUUAAUAUUUGCAGCAAGCGUAUUGGUGCCUCUCUAGCAUCUGUUGCCCCAGUUUACCACCAGCAAAGGUUAACAAGGACUGAACGUGCAACAAACCCUUUGCCAUACUAUGCACAAUACUUUGGGCACAAAAUCCACAUGGACCAGAAUGAAAAAAUUGCCAUGUAUGGGGUGACUCAUGUGUGUGCUACUGAUGGGUAUAGUGGAAGAGUCGUAAGCCAUGCCCUUAUGCCAGUGAAGAAUAACCUCCUCAUUUAUGAACACGUGUUUAGGUGAGUGACCAUAUGCAAGAUGCAACAAUGAAUUCCUUGGUUAGCAAAAAGAGACUUAUCCCAUUACACAGAUAUACUAAUAACUGUCAUGGAAGGAGCCUUUAAGGACCUGACAGGGUAUUUGUGGGGGGGGGCCUAAGAGACUAGCACACUAUGAAGGGGGAAUAGGAUGUAGACAACAACCAUGUUGCCUGGUCCUCUGUGCAAAUGCUGUAUAUGGGCAUGGUACUUUGCUCCCAGAUUUGUGAGCUCAGGAGUCUUUAUUUGACAAUGUCCUGAACAGUUACAUUUUUGUCAUCCAAAGCCUCUGGCUAGAACUGAAGAGCCCUGCCUACAUCAUCAACACAACAUGUAAAGUACAGUACAUUAGAUCUACCUGUGCAUGGAAAUUGCAAGAAUAAGUUAGCUACAUCAAUUGGGCUUUCAGUAUAGCAAGAUUCUUAUUCAAAUAUUUUCCCAGUGCUGGGGCCAAGGACUUCCUUAUACUAUUACAACUUCGUGCUUAAAAUGGAGGUUCCACUGUGUAGCCUUGUGGUGUAAUUUGGUUAGUUUAUUGGAUUAGAGAUACUAAACAAGUAAGCCUCAGGCCAUGAAUUUUACUUAUUACUUUUUUUUAUAAAACUAAAUAGCAUUUCCAUUCCCCACUAAUAACUCAUGAAGCUAUUUGAUUUACAGGCCUGCGGUAUUGCUUCAUGGUGUGUGGGAUCAGGUACGAGUAGACAUGGGUGCUGAAUUCUAUUUGACCUUAUUUGUUCAAGACAUUCUAUCUCCACACAGACAAAACACUUCUCGUGCACCAUAUGUACAGACCAACUCAAAACAGGUAAAUUGUUGUUUAGUUAAUUAAACAGCCUUAAAUGUUACAUUUGGUAAUUUGGUCGUAUUUUACAUUAAAUAACAGUGGUCAUCUUAAACCUACAGCUACAAAUGGAAAGUUGAUAAGCAUAGAAUACAAUAAUACUUUUGAGAUUUUCUUUUAAAGAGUGAUUUAAAAUGUGCAACAUUUGUAACAUUAAUAAUUAAUUAAUUAAUUAAUUUCUUUCUUUAUCCUUAAGAAUCACACAGCUGAAAGAAUUUGGGUUGAAAUGAAUGCUCGAGUCAAUUACCCAGUGAAACGAAUUUUGAAUGCCUUGGUUAAUGAUGAAAACAUUAAUAUAGAUGAUGAGGCCACUAAGUUCUGUGUGUCCUGGGUCACUUCAAGAGUAUGCCAAGUUGGAAGUCAACAAGUUAUUGAUGCAUGGAACAACCAUCCAAUUCCAGGUAAACCAGACUCUCUAUACAGUAUUAACCAGCCCCUUUUUUUUGGUUCACAUAUGAAAACUGUUGUUUCCUCUCUUUUCCUAUUACACUGCAUUUUUGAAUAUAAACGAUGCUUUCAACAGAGUUCAUACAUAUAACCUUUGCACAAUGUACUUUAUUUUUCUGUGUAUGUAUAUUUCUGUGAUGAAGGAAACGAGUCCCUGUACAUAAGAAUUUUAGGUCCUUACAGCCACCUUGUGUUGGGAUUCACAUCUUCUGUCAGUCAAUACUUUCACUUCCAUUCUGUUUGCAAGUACAUGUAUGUUAGUUAACUGCUUUUAGACUACCCAUGUCUUGAUCUUACAUACGUAUUUCUAGGAAAGGGAGUUCCUGAUGAGCUCAUGAAAACUAAUAAGCAAUCUGUGCCAAUACCAGAGAGCUAUAUGUCCCAUCUACUGAGCAAGCAGUGCAGAUGUAUGAGCAGAGAGGAGGAAGUUUAA